AUCUUUGGAUCUUUUCUUCUCAUUCUUUUUGAAAACCGUGUCGGUUGCUGUUUGGAGUGGAGAUAAGGAAGACGUGAAAGGCACCAUGACGGCCAUUCGAUCAGCUUCUCUGCUACUAGUCUGCCUUGCUCUUCUUUCUCUCCGAGGAUCGGAUGCUCUCUUUGUCCAGCCUCGCUAUCGAGUCAAGUCUUAUCCUGCCUUGAAAUUGGCAAUUGCCGAUCGCCUUGGCAUUCCCUACAAGAGCGUCGCAUACGAUGCUGGAAAGCAAGCAUCUUUGCCUAGCUUUGCCCUUUCUCUCGAUGCCAAAUUUGGUGCUCUGGAUGAGGCGUCGUUUAAUGCUCUCCAGAAGUCUUAUUGUGCUUGGUCUGAAACAAAGUCAAAGGUCAAGUGGAAGGAGGGACGAAAGUAUCGGCUCUUGGACUUUUUGCCACCACUGCCUCAAGCCGUAUCGGGCCUCUACUUUCAGUCCUCUCGGACCAAACAACGAGGCCUUCCUUCCUUUGUGGGAGGACCCGAUGAAAGAGUCAAGCGAUAUACGGAUCAAGAAGUGCUCUUGACAUCGAAUUGUUGGGGAUUCGCCUGGGAACUCUUGUUCCAAGCCGAUAAUGCCGAUACUUCGGCCAUGACCAUCUCUACCGCGGAUCCUACCAGUGCGUGGAGGGAAUUCACGGGCCCGGGCUUUGACUUGAUACAGAGUUCAAGGACGCAACCAAAACUGCUCAAAGACGGCAAUCUGCGAAAUCGAAAACUCAAGGGAGGAGACGUUUUGCUCGUGUGGCAUGAGAAUCCAUCCACAGCCUCCGGGGAAGAUCUCUAUCUGGAUCAUGUUGCUACAGUCAUUGACGACGAUGUCUAUUUCGAGAAAUCAGGCAGUGGAGACAGAGUGCCAUUCCGAGUCAACACGUGGGAUGGUCUGGUAGCCAAUUUUCCACCGUCCGUGUUCUUUUGGGAAUGGCGACGCCUUGUGAGGAACAAUCCACUCUCUCCCACUGCUAUUUACGGAAGUCCCCAGACCAGAUUGCGACCAGCUACCGAAGUCUUUGGGAUUGAUGCACAAGUUGCAUCCUCCAGUAAUACCGGUAGCUACGCGGAUCGGUUCCUCAAGGACAGAUUCUCCAUCCUUUCCAAGCUUCGACCUAGUGUACAACAAAGCCUGAGUCUCCAGGCUGAUACAGGAGAGGGAGGAGUGAUCGAGGCACAAACCUACACGGGGAUUCUUGUUUUGGAAGACUUGGUCUUUGACAAGGCAACUGGCCGGGCAUCACUUCCCAGCAGUGCCUUUGUCCCAGAGUGGUACAUGAAGGCGUUAAAAAUGAUGUCAAAGAAUCCUUACACCUGAUGAUACGGUAAUAUGAAACAAGGAGAAAUUACAAACUACCUUAUAUUACCAAAUCAACUACAGUACCUUGACAAUACUACUACGGUAUCACAUCACCCAACAAUCUUCAGAAUUUCUCAAGUUUUGAACCUCCACCUUUUGCUGCCUUCAAUGUCAACAAAUGACUUCCAAGGCCAUCUCUUCAUUGCUCACAACAGCAUCUUGGCUUGGCUUGAACUCCAAUCCACUCUGAUAGAACAUAUAUACAUACAUGCACCAAGUAAGUUGGUUGAGUACUUGUCUAAAAACGCACAUUACUUAUGGACAACACUUAUGGUAAGGUACUGGGUUAUCUUGCUGUAACAAAAUGUAAAAUAUAAAAUGGUGACUCUGGAAUGACAAUUGGCAGAAAUGGGCGCUGUAAUGAUGAUGAAACGAUGCUUGUGUUUGUAUUG